AUGACCGAGAAAACCGCCGCGCAAACAGGUACCAACCCUGACCAGCGUUUGGGCAAUGGGAUGGUAGAGCAAUCGUCUUUGAACACCAUGCCCGAGGGGACAACAGGGAGCAAAAGCGAUCCUAACGUGAAAGACAUGAUGACGCAAGGCUCGCCGCCCUCGAAGAUUGAGAGUACUUCAGUGGGGGCCCGCACGAGUCCGAAGAAACGUCGCAAGGUCAAUCAUGGUAAGCAACACCCUGUUCAUACCGUGCAUUGUAUUGGCGUUGUAGUAGCGGUUCCCUACAUCUCAUCUCUACAAUAUGGCGUCUGGACCACGUUGCUAACCUGUGUGCCACGCUUGCAGCAUGCGUCUACUGUCGGCGAUCGGUGA